UGUAACAGUACAGUAACAGGCAUCUAAUGCAAAGCUCUUACCCCCCCAGCUAUUGUAUUGCUCUGUCUGCUGCAUGCAGCUUUUGCUGGUUUCUCUAAUCCCUGGAAUGGACCUCCCCUCACAACACCAGAACCCAACACAGGCGAUGGUGAGGAAUUGUGGGUACAUAAUCAGAGUGUCUGCGCAUGUUUUUUUUUUAAUCUCCAAAUGUAUUUACGUGUGUUUGCGUUCAGCGUGCAGCAUGGACCAGGGCUCCUGUGGCUGCUGUCUGAUCCAGCAAAAGGUGAACAUGAUCAAGAUGUACUUUAACAUGACCCUGGCCAAGCUGGAGAAGGAAUACUUACAAACAAAGCAAAGUCUCUGCAAUAUUGAAGCCAGCCGCACUGCCUUCUCUGUCGCUCUCUUCGAUGAUGUUACUUUUCAGUGCUAUGGCCCAUUCACUUUGAACACCAACAUCAUCUACAAGCAUGUCUUCCUUAACCUGGGUGAUAGCUACAGUGUGGACACUGGUAUCUUUACCGUGCCCCACUCUGGUGUGUACACCAUUGCCAUUACCAUCUACAGUGACGCUGGUUCUUCUGGCAGACUCCUGGCUGCCUGCGCCAGCCUGCAGGUGAACGGCCAGGUGGUGAGCCAAUCCAGAGAGCAAAAUAGAGAUGACCAAGAGGACAGUGCCACUGUUGUUCUGGUCCUGCAACUGAUGGCUGGGGACAAGGUGGCUGUCAACCUGCCUGAAGGUUGUUUCCUCUGCGAAUACAACAGCUUCUUUAACACUUUCAGCGCCUUUCUGCUUUAUGCUACUGAAUAAGUUAGGAAAGUGUAGCACGCUGGUUUUGUACCAACUCUUGCCCGACUAACAAGGUUAGAGUCUGCUAGAUGAAAUCUGUCUGUUGCGCUAUCAUCUCAUCUCAAUCUGCUCUUUUUGAGGGAAGCCAGGUCUUUAAUCCAUCACAUCUGGAUUCAUGUUUUGAUUUGAAAGCUUACAAAGAGAAUCUUUGUUGUUUCUUGUCGAAAGGAUGUUGUGUAAUGUUCCAGAGGAAUAAACUAAACACCAGUGCACCAUGUAAAAUCACAAGAAAAUAAAUAAGUUGGAACAAAGCAUUUGGCAUUAUUUGUCAUUUGAUUUUGUUUUAACUGAAAAGAUAUGUGAUGUCAUUAAGGAAAUUGUUGACAAAAUGAAAGUACUGAACUAUAACCCUUACUCUCCUGUCUGAUGUUAGUAAAUAACAUAUA